AUGCGGGUAAUAAGCAGCAGACAUGCGAUACACAUCCAGUACCUCUUUGAUUCCAAACGGCAGCUGGUCAGUGACAAAUCGGGAAUGGAAAAGUGGGCGGGGAAGCUGUCUACUGAAGUCGCAGAUCCUCCUCAAACCAAGGAGGAUGAAGACGAUUACGUCCUGGUCUUAAAUAAUGGCAACAUCAACGAGGCACUGAGCACCUAUGAAUAUCUCUUGGUGUUCUUCCAUGCUCCUUGGUGUCUCCCCUGUCGAGACUUGGCGCCUGAGUAUGCCAAGGCAGCGGAACAGUUGAAAUCUGAGAGCUCUAUCAAGUUAGCCAAAAUAGAUGCCACUCAAGAACAUGGUCUAGCAAGGCAGUUUAGCAUUCGACUCUACCCUACUAUCAAGUUAUUUAAGCAUGGAGAUACAUCUUCUCCUAAGGAGUAUACGGAAGGCAGAGAUGCUGAAGAUAUCGUGAAAUGGAUGCAGCUACAACUCCAGCCAGCUGUCAUUAUCCUGGAAGAUGUCGCUACUGUAGAGUCUUUAGUGGAUUCCAAUGAACUUGUUGUUUUAGGCAUAUUCAAAGAUGCUCAGUCGGAUAAUGUUAAGAAUUUCACUUUGGCUGCAGAGUCCAUCGAUGGUAUCCCAUUUGGAAUCACUUACAAUAAUGAGGUGUUUUCGAAAUAUCAAGUGGAUAAAGAUAGCAUUAUCCUCUUUAAGAAGUUUGAUGAAGGUCGAAACAACUUUCAUGGAGAGAUUUCAAAAAUGAACUUAAUAAAUUUUGUUCAUAACCACUGGCUGCCCUUGGUCACCGAGUACAAUGAACACACUGCCCCACGGAUUUUUGAAAGUCAGGUGAAAAAUCAUCUGCUAAUAUUCUUGCAAAAGAGCAAUAAUGACUUUGAGGACAAAAUUAGCAACUUCAAAAAAGCUGCUGAAAGUUACAGGGGGAAAAUCUUAUAUAUCCUCAUUGAUAUUGAAUUCAGUGACAACAAGGGGAUCCUUAAAUUCUUUAGCCUGAAAGAAGAAGAAUGCCCAACUAUGCGUCUCAUUAGUAUGGAAAGUGACAUGACUAAGUACAAGCCAGAGACAAAUGAAUUAACUAUAGAAAAGAUAGACGAAUUCUGUAAAAAGUAUUUAGAGGAAAAAUCCAAGUCCCAUCUGAUGAGCCAAGAUGUGCCUGAAGACUGGGAUAAAAAGCCUGUUAAAAUAUUGGUUGGGAAGAACUUUGAAAAAGUUGCUUUCGAUGAAAAAAAGAACGUCUUUGUGAACUUCUACGCUCCUUGGUGUAGUCAAUGCAUAGGGAUAGCUCCCAUUUGGGAUAAACUGGGAGAUGUUUACAAGGAUCACCAAGAUAUAGUCAUUGCUAAGAUGGACUCAUCAGUUAAUGAAGUUGAUUCAAUUACAGUCCAUAAUUUCCCCACACUGAUAUACUUCCCUGCAGGUACCGACAGAAAAAUCAUUGAAUACCAUGGGGCAUGGACUCUAGAAAAUUUCAGAAAGUUUCUAGACAGCGGUGACUAUGAUAGACCAAAGAAAAUAAGUGGCUUAGAGGUCCUAGAAGAAACUGAAGAACUGGAAUCACAAGAUAGGAAAGAAAGAGGACAAAAAAAUCAUUCUGAAUCGUGACUGAGAAAUGAUGAAACUGAAGAACUAGAGCAGCAUCACUCAAAAAUAAAACACUGCACUGUGGGUGGUACCAACAAAACUGAA